CGUCCUUGUUUGUAAUCACGCGAGAUUCUGCGAGAUGUGGUCAGUUAGAUAUAACCUUAUCUUUUAUAGUCUUCCUUAAUCGUUUAAUACCUACUUUUUAAGGACGAGCAAAGUCUGAAAACCGUGCCACCCAUAUUUGAUUGUGUUUUGAAGGCGACCGGUGGUAAAAUAAGGAGCCGCCUUGAGUUACUCAUUGAUGUCUGCUAGCCUGCAGCUAAUGUUAGCUUCCCAACAUCAACAGGAAGUAACGAGCAAGCUAAAUCCUAAUGUCUUGCAUUUUAAAUUCUCCAGGUCAUUGUCCUGUUGGAACACCCAACUGCGCCCAAGACCCAACCUCCGGGCUGAUGAUUUUAGCUUGUCCUGAAGAAUUUGGAGACAUGAACUGCACUUUGGAGAAAGUCCUGGCCGAUGCCAAAUCGUUGGUGGAAAGGCUCCGUAACCAUGACAACGCUGCAGAGCUGUUAAUUGAGCAGACAACCUAUCUCAACAAGCGGGUGGAUGCAAUGAAGCAGUACCAGGUGGAGAUCGACACACUAAACCAAGUUGCACGUCAUCGUCCUCGAUCCAGUCUGAUCCUGGGCAUCCAGCAGGAGAACCGUCAAAUCCGAGACCUCCAGCUGGAAAAUAAAGAGCUACGGACGUCGUUGGAGGAGCACCAGUCUGCGUUGGCGCUCAUCAUGACCAAAUAUCGGGAGCAGGUGUUCAGGCUGCUCAUGGCCAGAAAGAAGGAUGAUCCUACCAUUGUGAGCCAGCUGAAGGAGAAGCACACAACGGAAAUGCAAGCGCACAUAGACAAGAUCAACGAGAUGGCUUCUGUGAUGAGGAAAGCCAUAGAGGUGGACGAGGGGCGGACAUGUGAAGACGAAGAGAGGAUUCAGCAGCUAGAGCUGGAGAACAAAGGACUGAGAGAGCUGCUUGGCAUCAGUCGUGAAGCAUUCCUCAUCCUCAAAAGCGAAGACUCGUCAGAAAGCACGUCGCUGUCGCCGCCACUGACCAACACUGAUGUCAGCUUACAGCAGAGUUAAAAGUGGAGGUGACCGACCCACCCUUCCACGACUUGACUGCCGGUGCAUUUACUGUAUCACCUUCCUGCAUUUGAACUAUCACUUUCUUUAUUUUUGGUACUUCUUAGAGGUUUGUGUCUUUAAACACAGCCUGUGGCACUUACGAAAACUUGAACGUGUGAUUGUGCUUAAGGAAAGUGUGCGAUAGAAUAAAUCCUAUAAAUAUGAAA